AUGAUCAACAUGAUAGGAUUUCUUUUAUUAGUUAUAGAAACCUAAACCAUAACCUUGGAAUUGAACUAAUUUUACGAGUGCUCAUGUGAACACUUAUUAACAGCCUAAGAUUGCUUAAUAACUUUUUGCAAUUGGAACAAUAAUGAAGAAAAAUGCUCAAAUAAAUCUUGUAAUGAGUUCAAUUAAGGUGAUUGUCAAGGUGUUCCAGAUUCAUUUGGUUGCAUUUGGAAUUACAAUUCUAAUGAAUGUUAAAACUUUAAGAAUUGUUCUGAUUAUAGUUUUCCAAUUACCUAAGCUUCUAAUUGUUAUGGAUUGAUAAAAUGUUAAGCUAAUAUUGAUUCAAUUGAUUAAACAGCUGAUACUGUAAAAUGUAUGGAUAAGAGUAAUGAUUCUGCUAGGAGUAUUGCCAAAUGUGACUAGAUACCUUAUAGAGAUUGUGAAUGGCUUGUAACUGAUGAUAAUAAAAAAUGUGUUAGAAAUAUUUAAACUUAAACUUGUGAAACAAAAACAAUAAAUUAAUGUUCUGAUUAUAAAACAUUAGAUGAAUGUGAUAUGAAUACUUGUUAUUGGAAUGAUUCAUGCAAUUCUUUAGAUUGUUCUAAAUUAUCAGAAAAAAAUUGCCAAUUCUAUUUUUCCUUUGAUUCAAAAAAUAUUACAUUAUGUACUUGGAAAGAUAACCAAUGUGUUGAAUUAGAACCAGAAACUUUAUAAUAAAAUUAAUGUUUAUCAUAUACUAUUUAUUCAUAUGCUUGGAAUCCAGAUAGUGAAAGUUGUGAAGUUUGUUAAAAAUCUAAUUUGUAAGAAUUUAUUUUCUGCAGAUUAAUUUUGUUGGCUUUAGUUCUUAAUUGA